UUGUUAGAACAAUGUUAUUCUUCUUCUUUCCAUUCUCAAUUUCUUCACUGUGACUAUUGUUUCUGCUUGAAUGAUCUGUGGGAGAAGAAAAACGAUUAAUCCAAAUCCAUUGCUUCAUUAUGCUAACAAUGGAUCCCAAUUCCACACCCAUAAACCUCGACCCAAUGAAAGACCAACUCGUCCAAAGUUUCGCAGGCGCAUUCCCUUCGUCGCCGAAGUCAAAACAGUGGAAGACCCAGAAGAAGCCGUGUCUCUCUUUCACCGUUACAAGGAACACGGUUUCCGCCACUAUUACCCUUCCUAUGCUGCAUUGCUCUACAAAUUAGCUCGUUCUAGAAUGUUCGACGCCGUGGAAACCAUUCUCGCUCACAUGAAAGACACCGAUAUGCAAUGCAGAGAAAGCGUAUUCAUUGCUCUCUUUCAAUAUUACGGUCCCCAAAAGGCCGUUGAACUCUUCAACAGAAUGCCGCAGUUCAACUGUGUCCGCACCAUUCAGUCCUUCAACGCUCUUCUCAAUGUUCUUGUAGACAAUGAUAGGUUCGAUGAGGCCAAUGAUGUUUUUGGUCGAUCCUAUGCAAUGGGUUUUCGUCCAAACACUGUCACUUUCAAUAUAAUGACUAAAGGGUGGUUGAGAAAGGGCGAGUGGGGGAAAGCAUGUGAGGUGUUUGAUGAAAUGCUUCAGAAGAGAGUGCAGCCGAGCGUCGUCACUUACAAUAGUCUAAUUGGGUUUUUGUGUAGGAAAGGUGAUUUGGAUAAAGCAAUGGUCUUGCUUGAGGACAUGGGUCAGAAAGGUAGACGCGCAAAUGAAGUAACUUAUGCUCUGUUGAUGGAGGGUUUGUGUUCCUUGGAGAAGUAUGAUGAAGCUAAGAAGCUAAUGUUUGAUAUGGCGUAUCGUGGGUGUAAACCCCAGCCGGUGAAUUUUGGUGUACUGAUGAAUGAUCUUGGGAAGAGAGGAAAGGUUGAAGAGGUCAAGUCUUUGCUCCAUGAGAUGAAGAAAAGGCGGCUUAAGCCAGAUGUUGUAACUUUCAACAUAUUGAUAAAUUAUCUUUGCAAGGAAGGCAAAGCAGUGGAAGCUUACAAAGUUUUAUUUGAGAUGCAGAUUGGUGGAUGUGAGCCAAAUGCAGCUACAUACAGGAUGGUGGUUGAUGGUUUGUGCCGGAUAGGGGAUUUUGAGAUGGGUCUGCGUGUUUUGAAUGCAAUGCUAACAAGUAGACAUUGUCCACGAUCGGAAACAUUUAAUUGUCUGGUUGUUGGCCUUUUGAAAUCUGGGAAUAUUGAUGGUGCAUGCUUUGUCUUGGAACAGAUGGAGAAGAGAAAGCUAGAAUUUGAUUUGGUGAGCUGGGAAACCAUAAUAAAGUUUGCCUGCAGUGAGGAUAAGGGUGUCACUGAGCUUAUGACUCUACUUACAUCUUCGUAAUCUAAUAUAAUGCAUUUUAUACGGGCGAACUGUCUGUAUCUUUGCAAUUUUUUACAUGAUAUCAUUUGAACUC